GGAGUAGUGUGGCACCACCAGGAAAGCGGAGGAAGACUUUCAAACUCUUCAUGUUUUUGGUUCAUAUUUAUUUUGCUUCUUUUUAUUGAAUCAAGAUUUUCGAUCGUUGGAGUCCGAUGUGAGGACAGAGAGGAGCACAUGACCGCGAGCAGCUGAGAGUAACUGUAACCAGGAAGAGCCCAACAACAAGGAUCAUGUCGUCCAAAUCAUCCCUACUUAAAGUCAUUCUUCUGGGUGACGGUGGCGUUGGCAAGAGCUCCCUCAUGAACCGCUACGUCACCAACAAGUUUGACUCCCACCUUUUCCACACCAUCGGUGUAGAGUUCCUCAACAAAGACCUGGAGGUCGACGGCCGUACUGUCACCUUGCAAAUCUGGGAUACGGCCGGCCAGGAGAGAUUCCGGAGUCUGCGAACACCCUUUUACCGCGGUUCUGACUGCUGCCUGCUGACCUUCAGCGUGGACGACACUCAGAGCUUCCACAACCUCGCCAACUGGAAGAAAGAGUUCGUCUACUAUGCCGACGUCAAGGAACCCGACACGUUUCCUUUUGUGGUUCUGGGCAACAAGGUCGACGUGCCGGAGAGGCAAGUGACGAGUGAAGAAGCUCAGGAAUGGUGCAGGGAGAACGGCGACUUCCCGUAUUUCGAGACCAGUGCGAAAGAUGCGAUUAAUGUUGCGGUAGCAUUCGAGGAAGCUGUGAGGAGAGUUCUAGCCAUGGAGGAGCGGCACGAGCAUUUGAUUCCAACAGACACGGUCAAUCUGCAUCGGAAGCAACGUAGCGGCUCCCCCUGCUGUUAACGGACUUGAAC